AUGUCGAACUCUUCUUUCAGAAUGUUUUCGUCCGCCGCCAAGGCAUCAAUCAAACCAGCUUCGAUGCCUGUCAAGACUCGUUCUACCUACAACAUGUCCAGCAUGCUGCAGGAGAUCACUGACAUCGAAGCUCGUUACAAGGGACCCGCUAAUGCGGCCAACAUGACACUUGACGAAUUGUGGGAUGACUACUACGCGAGAUACAGAAGAGCCGGCCCAGUGCUGAUGUGGGAAGAACCCUGGAUGCCAAAGCAAGAAUGUGAGUUACUCCCUUACGAGACUAUCACACCAGAGGUUUCUAAGCCAGAGGCUCCUAAGCCCGAGGCUCCCAAGGCAGAGUUCCCCAAGCCUCGCGAGUAUUACCUUCAGAUGGUACUUUACGUUCCACCAGAGACUGACGAGGAAAAGCCAGAGGAGACCGAAGACAAGCCCGCCAAUGCGUCUAAGGCCACUCCCAAGCCAGCUACUCGUCCUCGCCCAACAGGCAUCUUCGACUCUAUUUGGGCAGAAACACCCACAUCUCGCUCCUCUCAAUCGCGAAAGCCACAAACACAAAAGCCGACCACCUCAUCGUCGCAAUCACAAACAUCAUCAUCCCCAUCGUCUUCUACAUCAAAACAGUCAUCAUCUCCCUUCUCCGGUCCAUCAAAACAAUCAAAGUCGACAACCUCUUCGUUGCGACCACCAAAUCAGGCAUCAAGAAGAUCUGACAGCGGUGAAAACCACAAGAACCACCGCCGUCGCCACAACCACAAGUCUGCUUCUUCUCAGCAGCACCAUCAUCCACAAACACAAGCGAGUUCGCCUCGUCACAGUACCUCCCCCUCACCUCACGCACAUCCAGCUCCACACCAAUUGCCAAAACCUAACGUCAAAAAGGGGCAUGGUUCCAUCAAUGACUCGAUGUGGGCAAGUUAA